AUGGCAGCAGGCAGCAUCUCGUAUAGUCCCAUUUUCCUUUUGGUUGUAGCAGCAGUGGUCUUUGGAGGACAUCACCAUCAUCAUAGAUCCACCACUACCCCCAAGCCCACCACCCCAACUACGACACAAAAACCGACCCCCGAGUCCUUCGAAUACGGCUACACAUUCUACUUUUAUGAUCCCAUUUCUCAUUACAUAUGCUCUAUCCACGUGACGAGAUUAACUAGAUUAUGUAUGUGUUACCAUGUACCAUACGAUGAACGGGAUACUGUGCAUGAUCAACAAACUGCUAUAAACAUCGAGAAAAGGAUGUAUGCCUUGUAUGCUGCUGGACACCACACCCCAAUGAACGAUCUUCAGUACUAUAGCAAGACCAACUACGACAUGUGUAUCGACCACGGCAGGCACCUCAACACCACUAUAGAGCUUGUAUAUCCGUAAUAGGUCAUUAAAAUAUAUUUACACUUAUAGACAAUAAACGUCAU